CACACCUUCGAAGUUAGGGUUACCCCAUAGGCGGCAGGAAGAGAAGAUCGAUCGCUUUGUUUGUUUUUAGGAUUUUGUUACGAGGAUGGAAACAAGUUCAAUGAGUGAAGGACUUGCCAAUCCAAACCCUAAUAACUCGUUUGAGGUUGUUCAACCACCCGAUGAUUAUAUAUCUAGUCUUUGUUUUAGUCCUAAUUUCAAGCGUCUUGCUGCAACUUCUUGGGAUAAAACGGUCAAGUGUUGGCAAAUAGGAUUGAGUUGGGGAAAAUCAGGACCUGAAACAGCAACAAGUCGGUUGGUGAAAUCAAUAGAUAACGACCAGCCGGUUUUGUGUUCCGCUUGGAUCGACGAUGGCGAUACUAUUUUCUGGGGAGGGUGUGAUAAACAGGUGAAGAUGUGGUCAUACAAGUCUAAUGAAUCUGCCACUGUUGGGGAGCACGAUGAACCUGUUAAAGAAAUUGCUUGGAUACCAGAUACGAAACUUUUGGCUACAGGAAGCUGGGAUAAGACUCUCAGGUACUGGGAUCUUAGGCAGCCGACUGCGGUCCUUACACAACAGCUCCCAGAACGUUGUUACGCCCUAUCUGUAAAUUAUCCUUUGAUGGUUGUUGGAACAGCUGAUGAAAAUUUGAUUGUUUUUGACCUGACUAAACCUCAGGUGGAGUAUAAGAGAAUGCAGUCGCCCUUGAUGUGUCAAACUAGAUGUGUUGCUUUGUUUCCAGAUAACAAAGGUUUUCUGGUUGGCUCGAUUGAGGGCAGAGUUGGUGUCUAUCAUCUGGAUGAUUCUCAGCAAGAGAAACACUUCAGCUUCGAUUGCCACCGAGAGGGGGAGAAGGUGUACUCAGUCAACUCGUUGAAUUUUCAUCCUGUUUAUCACACUUUCGCAUCAGCUGGAUCAGAUGGUGCCUUUAAUUUUUGGGACAAGGAUAGCAAACUGAGACUUAAGGCCAUGUCUAGGUGCAACAAUCCUAUUACUUGCAGCGCAUUCACCAGUGACGGCCUUAUAUAUGCUUAUGCGGUGUGCUAUGACUGGAGCAAGAAUGCGAAAAAUCGUAAAACUUCAAAGCCGAGAAUUUUCCUCCACCUACCACGGGAAUCUGAGGUGAAAGGAAAACCACCACGUGCUGGGAAAGGUAGAAAGUGAAGCUACUGCUUGCUGAGGUACAUGUGGUUGGUCAUGAAUGUCAAUUGUGGGAAAUCAAAACUGCCCUCUGGUGUUGUUGAUUAUUUGUAAAUGUUUUCACCAAAAAUUGGAAAGCCUGGUGUCUUGGUUGGCAAAAAUCGGUCUCUCUUUACUUUUUUCUUAGCUUUAUGAACCAAAUGGCGUUCUUCUCGUCUACUUUCAAAAGUUUACUUUCUGGCAGCAGUUUCUUUCUUUA